UUCCAAAGCCUCUCCCUGUGCAGGGUUAUGAGGCAAAGACUGCUUUAACUUGGAUUUUUGGUGCUGCGUUAAUGCUUUUUGCUCGCUCUGUGUCGGUUUCCAGGCUGGCUCGUGGUUUCCCCUGGUGCGGAGGCGAGUUGUGCUUCCUGCGGGGAGAGAGAAGGGCCUCGGGAAGCUGCUCCAUGACCCCCAGCUGUGCCGAGCCCGGGAGUCUGUCCAGCAGGAUGUCGAGUGCCACCAUGUCCCUGAGGUCACCCUUUCUGCUGUUGGGAGAGCACGAGGUGGAUGGAGAGGAUCCCCAGGCAUCUGCAGGCACAAGGGACUCGUACAGCUGUGAUUUUCCUACAGCCCUCGUGAGAGGGACUUCCUGGGUACCAUGGGGAAUAACUCCUGUCAGCAGCAAGGUCCUGACUGAAGUGGCAGCUGCAGUUGUUCCUGUGGUGUGGGCCAGUGGAACUCCAGGAGAGUGGAAGAGGGCAGAACCUGUAGGUAUUACCCCUACUGUGGGAUCUGUGCUGGUAAGGCCAAGCCAGUAUCCUUUAAAAUCAGAAUGCCAGCUUGGAUUAGUUGCAGUAAGAGCUGAAUUUGCUCCUCCUGGUUUCCUUGUAGAAGGUGAAUGCAAGAACCUGCCAAGCAAACCAAUGGCCAAGGUGAUUGAUGAGUGCAGGACCUGAGAGAACCCCCUGAAAUGACAACCUGGAGUAGUUUCCAGGAUUAGAUUGCAAAGAUGGCCUUUGCUGCAUGUCCUGGAGCAAGGAAAGCCAAGAAACCUUUGCUUUUGCAGGAGAAAAUGGGGGAAGCGGGAAGGAAGAAGAGAAGCCCCGUGACUCCUCCCUGAGCCCCAGACAGCCCAGGAACUGCCUCCCUGGGAAUGGUGGCACGGGCUGGACUCUG